GCUCAGACGGGAUGCCACACUAAAGGUCUCACACCCUUAUCUGAGUGAACUCGGAAUCCCACAGAUCACUUUGCUACUGACAGUGGACUUUGUCCUUCUCCUUUAUGAGGAAGUCUUGGGUGUUUGUCGUUGACUGAAGUACAGGGUUAAACUAUGAUUUGUAUUUCUUCUAAAUAAUACAACAGUAUUCAUCUACCGGAUAUCAAAGGUAAGAGCUUUUGACUUUGAAUCUCCACCAUAAACUGGAUAUGUCUUUGUUAUAUGUGUAUGUGAUCUGUACUUGAUGCUUGUUACGUGUUCGCAUUUCAUUUAACACAAUUCAAACGAACUCGACAUCACCACGAUCUUCCUUUUAUUCCUUAUAGUGAAUGCAGGAUAACCACCGCUUCACCCGGCUUUAUCUUAAAUAAGGUGCUGGAAGUAUCAAAAAAGCUCAAACUGGUAGAACGGAUAUCCGCACACUUAAAUGCAGAGAACAUUAAGAUGAACACUUUAUUUUUUAGCUUUCGGUCUAAAGGACCUUUUAUUACAUAGGAUUUUGAAAACAGAUUUAAUUAUAAAAAAAAUAUUUUUGUACUUUUCUGACUUACCGUAGAAUGAACUUAACCAUUCAUUCAGCUUCUGUGUUUGACAAAUGUGUUUUAUUGUAUUGAAAGAGAUAAUUUACCUUUUUGUUUUUAUAUACUGUUAACUAUUUCUAUCUUCACUUGUGUUAGACACAGACAGUCUUUAAAAUAUACAAAACCCUUGGAAUCUUCCAACAGCACCAUAAAGAUGUCGUCGUUAGGUGGGUCACAGAGCUGUGUUGCUAGGUGACUGUAACUAGUUGAUGACUAUCAACAUCUGUUUUUUUAUUUAUUGCUAAUAAUGAAGGUGUUGUUUGAGCAAAGGCUCAUUUUGCUUUUGACAGUCGUAAAAGUUGUGUUUUUUUCAAUUAAAACUCAACAAAAGUUGAGUUUUUUAAGCUUCUGUUUGCUUUGAAUAAACACUGAUGGCCGACAAACUUCCCAAAAUAAACGAGUUAUAGAUUUAUUUCCGAUGUAGGUUGCUGACACAGCUCAUACCACUGACAUUACAGAUUUAUGGUGUGUAUAACUCAUAUCAUGUAUGAUAGGGCAGGUGUGUUAGUUCAGUGCUGAACAUGUUCAGAAGUAACAGUCCCUUUGGCAACGACACCAGCAGCUGGACAGGAUCAAUCCAGUCCAAUGGCUUCUCUAUUGAUGAGGUGUCAUCACAGGUGUCAAGUCUGUCGAGGCCCAGUGCAAAGUCAAUUUACUUGCAAAGGAUGGAGUAUGCAGUAUCAGUAAACAAGAUGAUGAACAAAUUUCAAUACAGAGUGGAGCACUUGUUCACUUGUGGCCUGGAUGGGAAGGGCUUGAGAAGCAUAGAAGACUGUGUGGAGCGGCUGAAAGUGCUGGACGGGAUGGGUCGUGUGUGGGGUCAGAACAUGCUGCUGGAGGUACGAGGCGCCAACCUGCUGCUCACAGACAUUGAAACCAAGGAGACGCUGGAGUCCAUGGCUUUCGACGACAUCCUGGAGCUGCAGGCUGUGCUUGACGCUGGAGUGUUUAAAUCCCUGCUCACAGUGUCGGUCCGGCUCGGGAGAAAACACAACACCACUGUCUUCAUGUUUCAGUGUGAGGAUGUCAGGGCUGACUAUGUUCAAAGGGAUCUCUCAGGAGCUUUGUCGCGCGGGAGUCAUGAUUCAAGCAUCGGCAGGAAUGCAGGACUACUGGCAGGACGUCAGGGAAUGAAACACCUUCCUAACGCUGCAAAGUAUAAUGAACCUGAAGAGCAGAUGCCCCCAUGGAUGGCUCCUGACUAUGAAGAUGAUGACGUCCCUGAGCGUGAACCGUUUGUGCCUCAGAAGGAGGAGGAGGAGGAGGAGGAGGAGGAGGAGGAGGCCCCCGCUCCCAGAGAGGAGGUGCCAUCCCCGCAGCACUCAACCAACGAAGAAGAACCUCUGUCUACCCCACGCCCAUACACAGACCUGGACAGGAAUGCAGAUAUCUUGAAUCAUGUUUUAAGUGACAUCGAAGUCUUCAUGGGAAAAGUAGCUGCAAUAGCAGCUAAAAAUACAAAGAAAAAGAAUAAAAAGAAAAAAGGAAAAGCCAUGGACGGUAUGCCCCCUGCAGCAGAAUUUGAAGAGUGUUUCCAAAAGAUCAAAUUUGGUUUCAACCUUUUGGGGGAGCUCAAUGGAAUGAUUAAUAAUCCCAGCGCUCCUGAAUUUGUUCACUCCUUAUUCUCCGCAUUAGCAUUCGUGACAUCUCACUGCGCUGAGGAGCUGCCUCAGAACAUCAUUGCACCGCUGCUGACGCCUCAGUGUAUCCGUCUCCUGAGUGAAGAAGCCUCCACAGAGGAGGACCAGCUGUGGCAGUCUCUAGGAGACGCCUGGAACAUCCCCAGCACCAGAUGGCCAGAAGACGACGAGGACAUCCCGACAUACACUCUGGAGUUCUCUGAUGGCUGGCAGCCUCUUGAGGUGACUGCAGCACCUGAACCCAGUGGACCUAUGAGAAGGCAGGAGCAUCAACAACCUGCACCCAGCCAGACUUCCACCAAGUGGACACCACCGCUUCUCCCCUCGCGAAAGACACGCUCACGUGAGUCAAAACUGCGUUGCAUGCAUGUUAUGAAUGACUUCAUCUCAAGAAACCACAGAGAGCUCACCGUCAGAAAAGGAGAAAUAGUUGAGCUGCUGGACGUGUCGAAGCAGUGGUGGAAAGUGAGGAACAGGGGAGGGGAGGAGGGCUUUGUCCCCAACAAUGUCCUGGAGGCUCAUGACAAGCAACAUAUCGAGGCUGACACACCACAGCAUACUGGAGGUUCUCCUGUCCUCACAAAGAAGACCAAGCCUGCAGAAGUGAAAGCCUGGCUGGAAGACAAGGGCUUUAGUAAAAUCACUGUUCGCUGUCUGGGCGGGCUGAGCGGCUCUAUGCUGCUGGGGAUGACCAGAGAGGAACUGAAGACCGUGUGUCAAGAGGAAGGGGGGCGAGUCUUCUUCCAGUUACAAGCGGUCAAGUCUGCCAUGGCUGUUGCCAUUUAAAAAGAGACCAACAAGAGAACAUCAGAGGAGAAUAAGAAAUCAUCAUGGUCCGAAACAAGUCACCAAUGUCACCAAAUACUGUGAGCUUUCAGAUAAUAUUAAGCAAUUAAAAGUGAGGUUAAGUUUACAGCUUGUUUGGCACAAUAUAAUAUCCUCCGAAACCUUGUAGCAAAUAAUAUAAAUGUCAUUUUGAAAUGUAUAUUAGUCAAGUUGUCAUUUAAAAAUGUCCUAAAAUCAGUUGACAAGUUAUUAGAUGAAGUGUUAAAGUGCAUUUAGACAAUGUAUCCAGCAAUACUAUGAUUACAGUGUAUAGUAAGACAUUUAGCAAUGUGCCUAAGUUAUGUAACACAAAAUGGGGAAAGCAAAAUGCCUAAUAUAUGUGGUCGUAAUAUAACCUGUAAAUAAAAGUUGUCGGACACAGCGUUUUAGUGAAUAAACAUGCUUUAUUUCAUUGUUCAGACAUUACACUUGAACCUUAUCAGAAGCAUCUGCUAAACACUGGCAAUCCAUUUCAGGCAAUAAUAUGGCUACAGAUCAAUGGACAUAAAAUGAGGAAAAAGUCUAAAUCCAUGUCAGUAAGAGACAAGAUUAUGUAAAAACAAAGAUACUUUAUGAGAAAAAUAUCAGCUGAACAAAGAGAAAUAUCUCGAGUGUGAGCAUCAGAAUAGUUUGUUUGGUAAUUAAUGCACGAUGAAGCUAGUAAAUAGAAAGAAAUCAAUGUGAACAAUAAAUCUGUCCUAUUUGAAUAACUGGUUGGUUUUUGUGUUGACAUCCAAAAACAAAAUCACUGUGACUUCUCAGAGAAAACCGUAUCUUUAAAUGGUCUCAGCCUUUUAUCUCUUGUGAAUCACUUCUCAUGCGCCAUUAUCUCCAGGGAUUAAUCGAUCAGUUGAUCGUCAGAAAAAUAAUAAGCAACAAUUGUGAUGAUUAAAUAAGUAAAAACGACCAAUGUACUGGUUCAAGCUUCUCAAAUGUGAAAUUACAUGUGUUGCUUUCUCUUAGUUGUCUAUGAUGAGUAGUGGACUGUUCAACUGAAAUAAACUUGAAUACAUCAUUACACAGAAUUUUGAUUAACAUUUUUUAUAGUUUUCUAUUUUACAGACAAAACAAUAAAAAUAAUUAAUGAAUGGAAAAAAAAAAAAUAGGGCUGCCCCCUCUUAGUUGAUUCGUCGACUAAUCAGUCAUUUUGGUCUAGUUGACUAACAUUUCUUGAGUUGAUUAGUCAUUUUGCGACGCCUUUUCAUGUUAAAUAAAUUAUCUUAAGAUACUUAUGAGCACUUCUCUGGUAAACAAAAGAUUCAAAGUGGUGCUUUUCUCUGAUUCUUUGUGGAGAACUCAGGUUUACAGAUCUGUCGAUUAAAUUAAAUCAACUAAUCAA